GCGCAGGGUUGUAUCCUAAAUCACACCCUGUGGGGCAAAAUGAAAGUAGCACUACAUAAGACAUUGAAGGUAUUAUUUCCUUGCCAGAUAUAAUCAGGAGGAAGGUGUUGGAGAGCCAGAGGCUUAGAACUCCAGAAAGGUAAACUUCAUGUCAGCCAAGGAUGGUGUGCUCUCCAAUGAUGAGGGCAACUUCAGCUCUCUUUGCCCAAAUGGCUCCGAAUGGAUUUGGUACACACUUGGAGAGUGCACUCAGGACACCCGUGAUAUGAGCAGUGUUGUCCUGGGUCUGAUGUCCAUCGCCUGUUUCAUUGUGUCCUCUCUCCCGCAGUACUACAGCUCAUGUAAGAUGGGGAACAUGGACUGUGCUUUAUCCAUUUGGUUCCUCUUGCUUUGGCUUUUUGGUGACUCAUGUAAUCUCAUAGGCUCCAUUUUAGCUGACCAGCUUCCUCUUCAGAAAUACACUGCAGUGUACUAUGUCCUGGCUGACAUUUUAAUGUUGAGCAUGUAUGGCUACUAUAAAAUGAAGAACAAGCGGUCCAACAGUGACCGAGCAGUGCUGUAUGCAGUUGGAGUGCUGUGUGUACUUGGUGUGUUUUCUUCUCGGCUGCAGUCCCCAGUAUACACGCGCACCUCCUUGGGCUUCAGGGGCCGGGCACUGCUGGCUGUGGAUCAGCUGAAUGCACAUCAAAUAAGGCCUUUCAGCACAAAGAAGAUAAUUGGCUUCACAGUGGGUUCAGUCUCCUCCCUGCUUUAUUUCUGCUCCAGACUGCCACAGAUUGCCACAAAUCUUAGGAGAAAGUCAACAGAGGGUGUGUCAUUCUUUCUGUUCGCGCUAGUCAUUCUGGGUAACCUCACAUAUGGAGCAAGUAUCCUGGUGAAGAACCCAGAGCGUGGGGACAGUGAGCGCAGUUACAUCGUCCACCACCUGCCCUGGCUCAUUGGCAGUAUGGGAACACUCAGUCUUGACCUGGUGAUAUUGGUGCAGUUUGUGAUUUACAGGAAAACUUCAUAUGGAGAGGAGGAGACCACAGCUCUUCUGAACAGCUGAGGCUUCAUCCUCAUGGGUUUGCUUGGACCUCGAGACAUUCAGAAGGCUCAACUCUCACUUCCCCCCACAUCUGAGCACAAAACUGUCAAACACGAAACCUUGUGGCAUUUUAUAUUUUUGAAUUUGCACAGUUCCUUUUUGGACAAGGUUUCAAACGGUGCAAUAUGCUCAAGAGAAGAGCCAAGUUUCACACGGACACUGAAGUUGGAGCACGUCUUUGUGUAAGGACUUGUUUUUGGAAUACGGUCUGCAUGUUUUUGCAAUAUUAAAAUAUUUAUAUUUGUA